AUGGCUCCCGUUUUCCGACUCUGGACAUUCAAGCCUUUGGGCUUUGAUGGAUGGACAGCCCUGACUUCAAAGCCCGCCAUCAUAAUCAUGACCUUUUUGGUUGCACCAUGUGCUUUGUGGCUGACCUUUUCUCGACUUGGUCGAGCUUCAGGACCGAGCAGAAAAAUGUCUCCAGAUUCUGUGUCCUCACUUUUUCCGGAUCGACCUAUACGGCCGCUGCCAAAGCGCCGUCUGCGCGAACGACUGUCCCCCGACGUUGCCGAUACCAUCAAAUACCCGCUUGAGCCUCAGAGUAAUGCGCCAUUGUUCUAUUACCCGUAUAACUUGAAAGCUGAGGCGGGGUCAGCCGGUCUUGAUGCACCGAAUGCAAUGAUUCGAGAGAAUAGCCUCGAUCCAGUCCAUGAAGCUGGGCUGCGACGCUAUGGUUUGGGCGCAGAUCGUGAUGACGAAGGAAUGAUCCAGCGGGGCGGGAGGCCGCUUGCUUCACGACCAAGCCAAGAUGCUCCAGGAAACGUCCUGCGCACUCCACCAAGAACCGGCCAAGGGCGGCGUCACACCCCGCAGGCUCCUCCAUCAACAGCGUCAUCUGCUGACGGGUACGACUCUUUCGAAAACACCAAUAACAAGAAAAAGAGGAAGAUACCCACCGCGGGAGACGGGCUAUUGAACGGAAACCACGUAAUGGCUGAUUCUGGUAUUUUGGGUGUUCCGUCGCCCCCCACAACUGGGGAUGGGGGCCCUGGCGAUGCCUUGGCAGCUACUCCAUCGCCGUAUCCUUAUACUGGUGUGACUGGCUCACCUGUCCAGGGCAUAUCUGGCCCCGGCAGAGGACGCUAUGGGCGUGUUCGCAACGGCCGGAGCCCGUUGAGGCAAGUUCCAGAUACGAACUCGAGUUGGCCUAUCAAGAAUUCGCGGUCGCGGUCUGAUGGCCAAUAUUCGGCGCCUCUCGGCGAGAAAACUGGAAUCAUCUCGAACGCCAUCGCGAGUGCCGGAAAGCUCCCAAUCCCUCAAGGCCAGGAGAACAUCAGCCUCUUGCAACAGCAGGCCAAAGCGAGUCCUGUUUCCUCACAGUUCACUUUCACAUUUGAUUCCCAAGUAUCUGGUACAGUUCCGUGGCCAGGCUCCGAAUCACCCACAGCACAUAUGGCUGAGAACAAUCACAACCACACAUCUCACGGGAGCUAUUCCGACUCAUACUACGGCGGAAAUACUCGAUCAACACCACACUCACAGCCCGCUCCGCCUGGAUCAACCAGUGGCCAAGGUGGCCCUUCUGUUUCAGCCGAUGGUACAGCCAAGGGUCCUGCACCCGGCACUGGAGCUCCAAAGAAGCAUAGGCGUCGUGCAGACUCACUUGCACGGGCUGCCAAGCAACGACGUCGGGAACAAGAGUACAAGAACAAAAUCAACCCCCCGGCCCCUGGAGACCUCUGGAUAUGUGAAUUCUGCGAGUACGAAAGAAUCUUUGGCCAGCCUCCUGUGGGUCUCAUCCGCCAAUACGAGGAAAAGGAUCGUCAACGUCGAAACGCGGAAACUCAACGUAGGAAGCACAUAGAGAAAGCGAAGAACAAAUCCAGGAAGGGAAAGAAACCCGGCAAGCUUCCACCCAAGAACAACACUGCGCACGACCUCAAUGCAGCACCAUCUGCUGGACAACACCAUGCUUCUAUGGAGCAUGAGCCUGGUCAGGAAACCCACAGUGAGGAUUUUGAAGAGGAAGACUACUAUGAGGACGAUAUUCAUGAUGAACACUGCCCAGCUCGGGCUUCUGGACACGACUGUGGAACUCAUGAAAGCGGUGCCUUUGAAAGUACGGACUAUGAUGAUACAGGUACUGCCAUCUAG